AUGGACUCUUCAGAUGGUCGUACCAAGGCCUACAAAUUUGUAGCUUAUGCUGCUGUCUCAUUCUCAAUUGUUGCCGUCCUUUCGGUGGUGCUCACACUACCAAUGGUCUACAACUAUGUGUCCCAUGUUCGCCAACAAAUGAACCAUGAGCUCUCCUUCUGCAAGGGCUCCGCCAAGGACAUCUUUGCGGAAGUCAACUUCAUGAAGACGCACUCUGGACCAGCUGCUCCAGGAAACCGUACCGCCCGUCAAUCUGGAUACGGACAGCCAGAAGUGAACCCAUCCGCCAACCUUCAAUGUGAGGGAUGCUGCCUUCCAGGUCCACCAGGACCAGCUGGACAACCAGGAAAGCCAGGAAAGCCAGGACGUCCAGGAGCACCAGGACAACCAGGAAUCCCAGGAAAACCACCAACUGCCCCAUGUGAGCCAACAACCCCACCACCAUGCAAGCCAUGCCCACAAGGACCACCCGGACCACCAGGACCACCAGGAGCACCAGGAGACCCAGGAGAGGCUGGAACCCCAGGACGCCCAGGAACCGAUGCCACUCCAGGACUUCCAGGACCACGUGGACCACCAGGACCACCAGGAGAGGCCGGACAACCAGGACCACAAGGAGACCCAGGAGCACCAGCUCAAUCCGAGCCACUUACCCCAGGAGCACCAGGAGAGCCAGGAGAUGCUGGACCAGCCGGACCCCCAGGACCACCAGGAGCACCAGGAAACGACGGACCAGCUGGACCACCAGGACCAAAGGGAGCUCCAGGACCAGACGGACCACCAGGAGUCGACGGACAAGCUGGACCACCAGGACCACCAGGACAAGCUGGAACUCCAGGAGAGAAGGGAAUCUGUCCAAAGUAUUGCGCUCUCGACGGAGGAGUCUUCUUCGAGGACGGAACUCGCCGCUAA